CCAUUUUUGAACCAGUAAACUUUCAUGAUAGUCUGCAGAAGAAGAAGAAGGAUGACAAGAACAAAUUGCACCAUUACAUGGUUUACAUUGUUACUCUUGUUAUGCUCUGCGCACCCGUUUUGUUUUGCUAGGGACACACUCACAUAUGACACUCCAAUUACAGACGGCAUUCGAUCAGAAACUCUUGUUUCAGCUGGAGGAGAAUUUGAACUGGGAUUUUUUACACCUUCAUCAACACAAAGCUCUGGCCUUGCUAGAAGAUAUGUUGGCAUUUGGUAUCACAAUAUUAGUCCAAGGACAGUUGUUUGGGUUGCUAACAGAGAGAAGCCAGUUGUCAAUUCAACUAGCACUGGAGUUUUUGCGAUCAAAGAAGGUAACCUCCAAGUGUUGGAUAGUUUUACUGAUGAGUCUUAUUGGUCAACAGAGCUUCAAACACCCAAGUCUUCAAAUUUGGUGGUGAGGCUUAUGGAUUCUGGGAAUCUGGUGUUGUUUAAGGAUGGUGAUGAUCAUUUGUGGCAGAGCUUUCAAAACGCAACUGAUACAUUCAUUCCUGGGAUGGUGAUGGAUACAAACUUAGAAUUGACUUCAUGGAGAAACCAAGAUGACCCAGGAAUUGGGAACUUCACCUUCAAGCUAGAUCAAGAAGGAGACAAUCAUUUUGUUAUUUCAAGAAAAUUAAUUCCUUAUUGGAAAAGUGGAAAGCCAGGUGAGUUUUCCACUUCAGCUGAAAUGAUUCCUCCCAUAGCUCGUAUGUUUUUAAAUUUCAGCAAGAGUGCUGCCAUACCUAUAGGUCGAGGAUAUAAUUAUUAUACUUUUACAGCUAUGACAACAUUGAAAAUCAAAUAUAAAAGAACGGUGAUGAAUUUUAAUGGAAAGAUACAGUUUCUGAACUGGCUUGAACAAGAGAAGCGGUGGAGUUUGCUUUGGACGCUGGAGCCAAGAGAUCGAUGCAGUGUGUUUAAUGCUUGUGGGAACUUUGGCAGCUGUAACAGUAAUAAUUGGCCGUUGGUGUGCAAAUGUUUGCCAGGUUUUAAACCCCAGUUUGCAGAGCAAUGGGAAACUGGAGACUUUUCAGGUGGAUGUGAAAGGAAGUCGACAAUAUGUAGCGAGGACACUUUCUUGAGAUUGAAGAUGAUGAAAGUGGGAAAACCAGACACACACAUCGAUGUUGACAAUGAAACAGGAUGCAGGAACGAGUGCUUAAAUAACUGCCAGUGCCAGGCUUUCUCAUAUAGUACAGGUGUAAACAGCACCAGAAGGGAUUAUACACCUACUUCCUUGUGCUGGAUAUGGUUGAGGGAUCUAAAUAAUCUUGAAGAAGAGUAUGGACAUUGUGGCGAAGACCUCUCUGUUCGAGUUGCCUUAGGUAUUGCAUUUCUCCAAUCAACCGUAAGAGACUGCAAGCCUUGUGGCACAACCGUCAUUCCUUAUCCCCUCAGCACUGGAUCAGCCCAAGUACACGAAGAUUUGUCAUCCAAGAAAAAGAUGUGGAUAAUUGUGAUCCUAGGAGCACAUCCAAAAGUCAGCAGCUCAACCUGUCACUGCCAUUUAAAGUCAGAAGAGCAAUCUAGAAGAAAAAUGUCAUUGUCUCUGAUACUGAUAGUUGUGGCCGUCCUUAGAGUUGUGAUUUUUCUGGCAUGCAUUGUUUGUGUUUAUAUAUGGAGAAGAAAGACAACCAAGAGACGAGAUAAAAUAAAUCGAGCACAACUUGAUAGUGAAAGACGAGUUCAAGAGUUGAUGGACACAACUGAAUUCACGGAAGAAGAUGAGAGAGAUAUAGAUGUACCCUUUUUCGAUUUGCAAAGCAUACUGGAUGCUACAGAUAAUUUCUCAAAUGCAAACAAACUUGGACAAGGGGGCUAUGGACCUGUUUACAAGGGCAAGUUUGUUGGAGAUCAAGAAAUCGCGGUAAAGAGGUUAUCAAGGGCUUCAAGACAAGGCUUACAGGAAUUUAAGAAUGAGGUGGUGCUGAUUGCCAAACUUCAACACCGAAACCUUGUUAGGCUUAAAGGAUUUUGCAUCGAAGGAGAAGAAAAAAUUUUACUCUAUGAGUACAUGCCUAACCAAAGUCUAGACUUCUAUAUAUUUGAUCAUACAAAAAGCAUGGUUCUCAAUUGGGAGAUGCGCUUCAACAUCAUUUUGGGAAUCGCUCGAGGACUUCUUUAUCUUCAUCAAGAUUCCCGAUUGAGGAUCAUUCACAGAGAUUUGAAAACCAGCAACAUUCUCUUAGAUGAGGAGAUGAACCCCAAAAUAUCUGACUUCGGCUUGGCGAGGAUUGUUGGAGGCAAAGAAACUGAGUCGAAUACAAACACAGUAGUUGGAACUUAUGGUUACAUGUCUCCGGAGUACGCAUUAGGUGGAACUUUUUCAGUGAAAUCAGAUGUGUAUGGCUUCGGUGUGGUUCUUCUUGAGAUAAUCAGUGGAAAAAAGAACACAGGAUUUUAUCAAUCCCAACAAACUUUCAGCCUCAUAAGUUAUGCAUGGAAACUGUGGACAGAAAACAAGGCUUUGGAACUAAUGGACAAGACUUUGGAUGAAAGUUGCAACAAAAGUCAAUUUAUUAAGUGUGUCAAUGUUGGGCUCUUAUGCGUGCAAGAAGACCCUGUUGACCGCCCCGCCAUGUCAAAUGUUCUUACCAUGCUUGACAGUGAAAUUUCAAUCUCUCCAACUCCUAAACAACCAGCCUUUCUCUUUAGGAGAGGCAACAACUCCAGCAGAGCUGCUUCUUCUACUAAGCCAGAAACAAUUGCCGAAAUAACUACAAGUCUAGAAGAAGCUUUCAUGAUGGCCUGCAGAAGAAGAAGAAGGAUUACAAGAACAAAUUGCACCAUUACAUGGUUUACAUUGUUACUCUUGUUAUGUUCUGCGUACCCGUUUUGUUCUGCUAGAGACACACUCACAUAUGACACUCCAAUUAGAGAUAGUGUUGGAUCAGAAACUCUUGUUUCAGCGGGAGGAAAAUUUGAACUGGGAUUUUUUACACCUUCAUCAGCGCAAAGCUCUGGCCUUGAUAGAAGAUAUGUUGGCAUUUGGUAUCACAAUAUGAGUCCAAGGACAGUUGUUUGGGUUGCCAACAGAGAAGACCAACCAGUUGCUGUCAAUUCAACGAGUACUGGAGCUUUUGCAAUCAAAGAUGGUAACCUCCAAGUUUUGGAUAAUACUAGUGGAAAGUCUUAUUGGUCAACAGGCCUUGAAACAUCCGAGUCUUUAAAUUUGAUGGUGAGCCUUAUGGAUUCUGGGAAUCUGGUGUUGUUAAGGGAUGGUGAUGAUGAUCCAUUGGCAGUGAAUAAUAUUUUGUGGCAGAGCUUUCAAAAUCCAACUGAUACAUUCAUUCCUGGGAUGAAAAUGGAUAACGACAUGGAAUUGACUUCAUGGAGAGACCAAGACGACCCGAGAAUCGGCGACUUCACGUUCAAACUAGAUCAAGAAGGAGACCAGUUUGUUACCUUAAAAAAUUCGACUCCUUACUGGAGAAGUGGAGAGUCAGGUAAUAAAUUUUCUAGCUCGGCCGGAAUGUUUCCUCCACUAGAUGAUCUAUUAUUCAAUUUCAGCAAGAGUACUGCCAGAUCUAGAGGACCAAAUAAAUAUAAUAAUUUUACAACUGUGACAAGAUUGGACUAUAAUUAUACAAGAAUGCUGAUGAGUUUUACUGGGGAGGUACAGUUUUUGACCUGGAUUAAUCACACAAAGCAAUGGAAUUUGUUAUGGAAGGAGCCAAGAGAUCGAUGCAGUGUGUUUAAUGCUUGUGGGAACUUUGGCAGCUGUAACAUUAAUAAUUGGCCGUCGGUGUGCAAAUGUUUGCCAGGGUUUAAACCUCAGUUUGCAGAGCAAUGGGAAGCCGGAGACUUUUCAAAUGGAUGUGCAAGGGAGUCGACAAUAUGUAGCAAGGACACUUUCUUGAGCUUGAAGAUGAUGAAAGUGAGAAAUCCAGACGCACAAAUAACUUCUGAACAUGAAAUACAAUGCAGGAAAGCGUGCUUAAAUAGCUGCCAGUGCCAGGCUUUCUCAUAUGGUGCAGGUGUAAACAGCACUAGCAGGGAUACUGCUACUUCCUUGUGCUGGACAUGGUCGAGCGAUCUAAAUAAUCUUGAAGAAGAGUAUGAUAAUGGCCAAAACCUCUCUGCUCGAGUUGCCUUGUCUAGUUUAGAAUCAACCGUAAGAGACUGCAAGCCUUGUGGCACAACCAUCAUUCCUUAUCCCCUGAGCACUGGACCGGAUUGUGGUGACCCCAUGUAUUCCCGUUUCAAUUGCAGCACCAUCAUAGGCCAGCUUAGCUUCGUGGGACUGACAGGCACAUUCUUUAGAGUUAUUAGUAUCAACCCAAGUACACAAAGAUUCGUCAUCCAAACCAAAAAUUGUGAUCCUAUGAACAGAGUCCAAAGUCAGCAGCUGAACCUAUCUCCAUUCACAGUGACCAGAUGGUGCUAUGUUCCCCUGGGAAAUUUUAGUUCUCAAGUUUCAUCCGGAGGUACUAAUGCAGUAGAAAUAGGUUGGGAGCUGCCGCUGGAACCAGCCUGUACAAUAUCUGCAGACUGCAGGGGUUGGCCACAUUCAACUUGCAGUCCAGCAAGUGAUGGAAAGAAAAGAUGCCUUUGCAAUGCCAAUUAUCAAUGGAGUGGCUUUAACUUAAAUUGUACUCAAGAAGGUAAUCUUCAACAGACACCAAAAUCGCAAAUAGAAGAACAACCAAGAAGGAAAGUGCCAGUGUCUCCGAUACUGAUAGUUGUGGCAGUUGUUACAAGCGGAAUUUUUCUUGCAUGCAUCGUUUGUGUUUAUAUAUGGAGAAGAAAGAUAACCAAGAGACAAGAUAAAAUAAAUCGAGCACAACUUGAUAGUGAAAGGCGAGUCCAAGAGUUGAUAGACACAGGUGAGUUCAAGGAAGAAGAUGAGAAAGGUAUAGAUGUACCCUUUUUCGAUUUGCAAAGCAUAUUAGACGCUACAGAUAAUUUUUCAAAUGCAAACAAGCUUGGACAAGGGGGCUAUGGCCCUGUUUAUAAGGGAAAGUUUCUUGGAGAUCAAGAGAUUGCAGUAAAGAGGUUAUCAAGGGCUUCAGGACAAGGCUUACAGGAAUUUAAGAAUGAGGUGGUGCUGAUUGCCAAACUUCAACACCGAAACCUUGUUAGGCUUAAAGGAUAUUGCAUCAAAGGAGAAGAAAAAAUUUUACUCUAUGAGUACAUGCCUAACAAAAGCUUAGACUCCUUUAUAUUUGAUCAUACAAAAAGCAUCUUUCUCAAUUGGGAGAUGCGCUUUAACAUCAUUUUGGGAAUCGCUCGAGGACUUCUUUAUCUUCAUCAAGAUUCCAGAUUGAGGAUCAUUCACAGAGAUUUGAAAACCAGCAACAUUCUCUUAGAUGAGGAGAUGAACCCCAAAAUAUCUGACUUCGGCUUGGCGAGGAUUGUUGGAGGCAAAGAAACCGAGUCUAACACAAACACAGUAGUCGGAACUUAUGGUUACAUGUCUCCGGAAUACGCAUUAGAUGGAACUUUCUCAGUGAAAUCAGAUGUGUUUAGCUUCGGUGUGGUUCUUCUAGAAAUAAUCAGUGGAAAAAAGAACACAGGAUUUUAUCAAUCCCUACAAACUUUCAGCCUCAUAAGUUAUGCAUGGAGACUCUGGACAAAAAACGAGGCCUUGGAACUAAUGGACAUGACUUUGGAUGAAAGUUGCAACAAAAAUCAAUUUAUCAAGUGUGUCAAUGUUGGGCUCUUAUGCGUACAAGAAGACCCCAUUGAUCGUCCCACGAUGUCAAAUGUUCUUACCAUGCUUGACAGUGAAAUUGCAAUCUCUCCAACUCCUAAACAACCAGCCUUUCUCUUAAGGAGAGGCAACAACUCCAGCACAGCUUCUUCUUCUACUAAGCCAGAAACAUUUGCCGAAAUAACUACAAAUCUAGAAGAAGGUAGAUAA